AUGACGAGCAUCCAGACUGUGGAAAACGCCGAAGACUCCGAGCCCCUGGAAGACCGUCUCGCAAAGCAGUGCCGUGAAUCGAUCCUCGCGGCCAGACGAUACGCUUUUGCGUAUAUGAUAUCUGGCGACCACUGGAAUGGCGAGGUGCGGUCAAACGUCACAAUCACGGCAGAAUACGUCUUCCUAUACCACUAUCUAGGUAUCGACGAACGGUUAGAUCGCAAUGCUUUGAUUUCUUUUCUGGAAAGCCAACAGUUACCUGACGGCUCAUGGUCCAUCGCCCCGGAGCACCCUGGAGACCUUUCGGUCUCCUGUGAAGCAUACCUCGCCCUGAAACUGCUGGGUGUGAGCCCGAAGGCACAGAAAAUGGAGUCUGCUCGAGCGUUCAUCCAAUCGAAAGGAGGACUAUCGUCGGUCCGGGUGUUCACGAGGAUAUACUUGGCCAUGUUCGGCCUCAUGUCUUGGGAUUACGUUCCUCAAUUGCUUCCCGAACUCAUACUGGUCCAUGAUUCCGCACCAAUCAGCAUUUACAGGUUCUCAUCUUGGGCUAGGGUCACACUUGUACCUUUGAUUGUGAUCUGCUACCAUCGACCUGUAUUCGCUCUUCCGAACGGUCGGUCUUCGAGCAACGACUACCUCGAUGAGCUCUGGCUGCAUCCGAGCAGGAAAGUCGUCAAGUACGCCAUUCCGUACAGGAAUCUGGUCCAAAACAGGAACUUCGUGGGCAUGUGUGCCAAGUUCGCCGAUACUGUUCUUUUCUACUUGUCGAAAAUAAGAUUGCCAGGCUCAUACAUGCUUCGCCAAUAUGCAGUCCGAAAGUGCGUGGAAUGGAUAUUAGCACACCAAGAGCCUUCUGGUGACUGGGCUGGUAUUUUUCCGCCUCUCCACGCCAGCAUCGUGGCGAUCCAUCUCGAGGGCAUUCCAUUCGACGAUUUGAGAUUUCAACGCGCUUUGCAGGCCAUUGAAAGGUUCACCAUUACCGAUCGUCUUGGGAAGCGUGCCCAGCCUUGUGUCUCAGCUGGUUGGGAUACUGCAUUGAUGGUAACGGCCCUUUUGGACACCUGCAGGGAACCUGACGACGCGACCUCAGAAGUUCGGCAAUGUAUCGACAGUGCAAUUCAGUGGAUGAACAACCGACAAUCGAUAGGAUGUCCUGGCGAUUGGCGCAUUUACCGGCCACUCAUUAAUUCUGGAGGACACGCUUUCGGGUACUUCAACAGCUGGUAUCCAGAUCUGGACGACACACAGGCUGUAGUCGUUGCAUGUAUGAAGGCAGACUCCACGUCGAUCACAUCUGAUCACGUUGUUGCAGCUUUGGAGUGGCUUCUGGGCAUGCAGAGCUCGGACGGCGGAUGGUCUGCUUUUGAUUAUGACAAUGACAAGCUCUACUUGAAUCAAAUCCCAUUCUCGGACAUGGACGCUCUCUGCGAUCCAGCGACAGCAGACGUUACUGGGGGCGUCUUAGAGGCGUUUGGUCUGGUUCUUCAGGCGUAUGAGACAUCCAUGGAGACGAUGACACGCACCGCGAUGACAGCGAAGAUUGAGAAGGCUUGCGAGUCAGCGAUUAACUUCGUGUUGAAACACCAAGAGUCCAACGGCUCAUGGUGGGGGCGAUGGGGGUGCAAUUAUACAUACGGCACAAGCAAGGCUCUUGUGGGGCUGAAGUACUUCAUCACACGCAAAGGUUAUGGCGCUCUCUUUGAAGUCGUCCAGCACGGUGUCGAUUUUCUUUGUCGAUGCCAGAACCCAGACGGCGGCUGGGGAGAGUCGACGUUAUCGUAUGUCGAACCGAUAAGCACUGCGCCAGGGCAUGUUGAGUACGUUGCUGCCGAUUCGACCCCGUCUCAAACCGCUUGGGCUCUAAUUGCGUUGCUUGCAUAUCGGCCUACGUCUGACGAACAUAUCACCAAGGGAAUCUCGUUUCUCGUCAGGACUCAGACAGAAGAAGGACAUGGUAGGCAGGUCAAUGGCUGCAACUUGGGCGAUCGAACCGGACGUUCUUGGCCGGAGCCAUCAUAUACCGCGCCUGUUGUUCCAGGACAUAUGAUGCUUGGUUAUGAGUUCUACAGUCAUUAUUGGCCGAUGAUGGCGCUUGGCCGCUUUGUCACCAAGAAGGCUCAGGAGGGCUGA